AUGAAGGGAGAAAAGAAGUCAAAGAAGGGUGGCGACUCUGAGAGUCGUAUCGCCGAUCAGCGAUUCGCCGAUUUUGAGACUGAUCCUCGUUUCCGAUUGCCUUCAAAGAGACAAACCAAGACUACGAUCGACAAGCGAUUCGCGCGCAUGCUGAAGGAUGACGAUUUCACUGCUACCGCUAAGGUCGAUCGAUACGGCCGAAAGAUCAAGUCCGAUACCAAGAAGAAGGCUUUAGAAAGAUUAUACCAAGAGGAAGAUGAGGAGGACGAGGAUGAGGAGGAUAAAGAUGAUGAAGAGGAGGCCGAUAUCGAGGUCGAUGCCGACGAGAUCGUUCAACGAGAACUGCGCAAGGCGCACGAGAAAUACGAUCCUGCUCGAGGUGGUGGUUUCUCUUCUUCAGAAGAUGAGUCCGAAUCCGAGGAGGAUGAAGAUUCUGAUGAAGAGGAGGGCGGCGCGCAAGUCGAUACCGAGGGAGAUAUGCAGCGCUUCCAGGACGAGCAAAACGAGGUUGAGGCCGGAGAAGUGACCAACCGAAUCGCAAUCGUCAACCUUGAUUGGGACCACGUCAAGUCUACCGACCUUAUGGCUCUUUUCAACAGUUUCCUUCCCGACACAGGCGGCAAGAUUGAGAAGAUCUCCGUGUACCCCAGUGAAUUUGGAAAGGAGCGCAUGCAACAAGAAGAAGUCGAGGGUCCCCCCAAGGCACUUUUCAAGGGCACCAAGGACUCCGACGAUGACUCAGAGGACAGUGAAGACGAGAGUGAGGACGAACGUAUCAAGAAGGGCUUGCUCCAAGAGGGCGAUGACCAAGAUUUCGAUAGCGAUGCGCUCCGAUCUUAUCAGCUUGACCGUCUACGAUACUACUACGCUGUUAUGGUCUGCUCAAGCCCAGAGGUUGCCCAGAAGCUUUACGAGUCAGUCGAUGGACGAGAGUACCAGUCAUCAUCCAACUUCUUGGAUUUGCGAUUCGUUCCCGAUGAUGUCACAUUUGACGACGAGCCGAGAGAUGAGUGCGAAAAGGUUCCCGAGUCAUACAAGCCUGUCGAGUUCGUCACGAACGCUCUGCAAAGCUCCAAAGUUAAGCUCACAUGGGAUAUGCACCCUGAGGAGGCUUCCCGCAAGGAGUCCAUCAACCGUGCUUUCAGUGGUAGCCGUAACGAGAUUGAAGAGAACGAUCUCCGCGCAUAUCUAGCAAGCGACAGUGAGGAUAGUGACAACGAAGUUGAGGUUGUCGAUGCUACCGCCGAGGCUGAGGAGAAGGAAGACGAGCCCAAGCUUUCCAAGAAGGAGCUUGCCCGCAGAAAGAUGCGAGCUGCUCUCGGCUUGUCUGAAGAGCCCACCAAGUCUUCUAAGAACGCUCCUGUAGGAGAUAUGGAAAUCACAUUCACACCCGCUCUUUCAGAGUCUGCACCCAAGAAGAAGCCAGAAGAGGAGGAGACAACAAUCGAGAAGUACGCCCGAAAGGAGAGGGAGCGCAAGGAGAGGAAGCGUGAAGCUGCUCGCGCCCGCCGUGAAGGACGCGAUCCCAACGCUGAGGAGGAAGAGGAAGUUGAAGAGGCUCCUGCUGGUGAUGAUGAUGAUCUUGGUUUCAACGACCCCUUCUUCACCGCCGCCGAACCCGAAACCACAUCCAAGACCUCCAUCCGCAAAGCCGACCGCCUCAAGAAGCGCGAAGCCCGCGAGGCCGCCGAAGCCGAAACCAAGGCUCAGAAGAAGGAGCUAGAAAAGGUCAUGGCUGACUCCGGCGAGGGUCAAGCCGAACAUCUGGACCACUUCGACAUGAACGAGAUUCUGCGCGCUGAAAAGGCCCAGAAGAAGAAGGGCAAGGCCAAGAAGAAGGCACUUGCCAAGGAGCCUCGUGGUGGUCUGCAGGAGGAUUUCAAGAUGGAUGUUGAUGAUGAUCGUUUCAAGGCUGUGUUUGAGGAUCAUCAGUAUGCUCUUGAUCCUUCGAAUCCCAAGUUUAAGCCUACCAAGGCUAUGACUACGUUGCUUGAGGAGGGAAGGAAGAGGAGAAACAAGGAUGUGGAUGGGGAGGAGCCUAAGGUUAAGAAGGCUAAGAAGAACAGAAGGUGA